AUGUUACGAGCGAACAUUCGCGCGUGGCAUUUCUCCCUCCGGACCUUCAGCUCCAGCAGUCUUCCUCAAUAUUGGAGCACAACAUCCAACGCGAACAACCUUCUCAACGAGCUGCGCGUUCUUUCCAUGCGCGGCCGAGUUAAUGAAGCGCUCUCUCUUUUUUACAAUGCACCAUCACUUCCACCACUACCCUACUCCCAAUAUAGCUAUACCUCUCUCUUUAAUGCGUGUGCUCGCCAUGGAUACCUUCAAGAAGGCAUACUCUUACACCAGCACAUGCUUUUCACUAAUCAUAACUAUCCGUUAGGCUUAUUUGUGACAAACCAUCUAAUCAACAUGUAUGCGAAAUGCGGGGAUUUGGUUUACGCACACCAGCUAUUCGAUGAAAUGCCUGAAAGAAAUGUUGUCUCUUGGACAGCUCUCAUUUCUGGUUAUGCUCAACAGGGGCAAGCCUAUAAUUGCUGUGUUUUGUUUACUGAGAUGUUGAUGAAUUGCCAACCAAAUGAAUUUGCGUUUACAAGUGUGCUUACAUGUUGUGACUAUGAAUAUGGUGCGCAAGUGCAUGCACUUGCUAUGAAAAUGGGUUUAGAUUCUAGUGUUUAUAUAGGAAAUGCACUUAUUUCCAUGUAUAGUAAAUUUUAUGAUAGCAGUAAUAGAGAUGAAGCUUGGAAUGUGUUUGAGAGUUUACAAGUUCGUAAUAUUGUUUCUUGGAACUCAAUGAUUGCAGGGUUUCAUGUCAGAAAACUUGGGGAAAAAGCUAUUAGUCUAUUUAGGCAAAUGCAUAGUGAAGCAAUUGGUUUUGAUCGUGCCACGCUGCUUAGUGUCUGUUCUUCGUUGAGUGAAAGUUAUAGUGAUACUGUUGAUGUGGGUCUUAAACUUUGUCUUCAAUUGCACAGUGUUAGUAUCAAAAGUGGGUUCGUGUUGCAAAUUGAAGUUGCAACUGCAUUGGUGAAAGCUUAUUCAGAUCUUGGUAGAGAGGUUACUGAUUGUUACAAGCUCUUUUCAGAGACAGAUUGUUGUCGUGAUAUAGUUUCAUGGACUGGCAUUAUAACAACAUUUGCUGAACGGGAACCUGAAGAAGCACUCUUUCUGUUUCAUCAGUUGCAACGGGAAGAUUUAGCUCCAGAUUGGUAUACAUUUUCAAUCGUCAUAAAAGCUUGUGCAGGUCUUGGGACUGUGAGGCAUGCUUUGGUCAUUCAUUCACAAGUGAUAAAAGCUGGGUUUGAGUGUGACACAGUGCUUGCAAAUGUCUUGAUCCACGCCUAUGCAAGGUGUGGCUCCAUUUCCUUGUCCAAGCAAGUUUUUGAUGAAAUGAGAUACCAUGAUUUAGUUUCUUGGAAUUCAAUGCUGAAGUCUUAUGCCCUGCAUGGCCAAGCUAAAGAAGCAUUGCAUCUCUUUUCCAAAAUGAAUGUCCCUCCUGAUUCUGCAACUAUGGUUGCUAUCCUCUCAGCAUGCAGCCAUGCUGGAAAGGUGGAAGAAGGGAUCAAGAUAUUUGACUCAAUGUUUGAUACACAUGGCAUUGUUCCACAAUUAGAUCAUUAUGCAUGCAUGGUUGAUAUUCUUGGCCGAGCUGGGCGUGUUGUCGAGGCAAAGGAACUUAUAAACAGAAUGCCAAUGCAGCCUGAUUCUGUGGUUUGGAGUGCACUGCUUGGCUCAUGUAGGAAGCAUGGUGACGCAAACUUGGCCAAGUUAGCGGCAGAUAGACUGAAGGAGUUGCAGCCCAGAAAUUCAUUAGGCUAUGUGCAAAUGUCAAACAUUUAUUGUUCUGGAGGUAGUUACAAUGAGGCAGGGAUAAUUAGGAAAGAAAUGAAAGGUUCUAGAGUAAGAAAGGAACCUGGUCUAAGUUGGAUUGAGAUUGGUAAUAUGGUGCAUGAUUUUGCUGCUGGAGGCAGCCGGCAUCCUCAGAGAAAGACCAUAUGCUCCAGGCUUGAUUUUCUAAUUGGGCAAUUAAAGGAGAUAGGCUAUGUGCCGGAGACGAGCUUGGCAUUGCAUGACAUAGAAGAGGAGCAUAAAGAAGAGCAGUUGUACCAUCAUAGUGAAAAGCUAGCUCUGGCAUUUGCAUUGAUGAAUGAAGGUAAUUCACCUAGUGGAAAAACUGCAAUAAAAAUCAUGAAGAAUAUCCGAAUCUGUGUGGACUGUCAUAACUUCAUGAAGUUAGCUUCAGAUCUUCUUCACAAAGAAAUUGUUGUUAGAGAUUCUAACCGUUUUCACCAAUUCAGAAAUGGGAUGUGCUCUUGUAAUGACUAUUGGUGACAUAAAAAGGGCACCUGAUUUCUUUCUGUUUCUGUUCCGGCUCAUCAAUCUAUGGAUGAAUGUCAGCAUGCUAUCUGAAACGCGAUUGAGGAGCCAAUUAUCUUUCAUUUGGACCAGACCUUUGACAAGUAAUUUGUGGGAGCAGCUACGAAAAUCUUACUGACAGAAUUAUCUGCAUAAGCGAGUUUGCUGGAUCACUGAUUCUUUAUUGUGAAAGUGAUGCUUAUCUCAAUUGCCUGUUGAGAUUGAACCACGCAUAUAAAGUUUUAUGCAUGGCAGCAAGAGAUAACAUAGAGAGUUGAGACUUCUUACCUUAUGAUAUCUGAUUCCUUUAAUUGCUUCUUUUUGGAGUAUCAAGUUUCAGAAAUGAAAGGCAAUAAUCCAAGGUAAAUGUAGGCUGAGGGCAUGAUCUUCCCUGAUGGGUUAGAUGGGAUGGCAAGAUCUCUUCUCGUUAACCAAAAAUCUUGAGUUUGAGUCCUAUCUUGAUUUUGAGCCCUGGGUAGAGAGUCUCUUUAAACACUUGAGAGACAGCUGGGAGAGAGCUGGAGUUCCUUUAAAUACUCAGUAAACACUCAGGAGAGAGUAAACACUCAGGAGAGAGCUGGAGUCUCUUUAAACACUCAGGAAAGAUUGCUUUAAAUACUCAGUAAAUACUCAGGAGAGAGCUGGAGUCCCUUUAAACACUCGGGAAAGAUUGCUUUGCCUUUGAGAAAGCUUCCUCGGCGCAAAUCCGGACCAAUGGACUUCGGAUAACAGAUGGUUAAAACCAAAACAAAAAAAAUUAUAAUUUUUGCUUAUUCUUCAAUUUAAUGUUAUAUGGAUUUCUUGUUGUUAAAAUUAAUUGACUUUCAAAAUGA